AUGCCUCGCAAUCGUGUCUUGUCCUUUAUGUCCCAGUGGGGAGGCCAGCGCUCGCCCACCACCGCCUCGCCAGAUCCGGAGAAGCAGAAACAGAAACAGACGCCCUCGCCGCCGAGCAACGACACCCACAAUGUCCUGAAGAAGUCGCUGAACCUCGAUACCGCCAACACGCCCCAGUCGAUAGUACAGAAGUCCGAUCCUUUCACCUCGUCCCCCGCCCCACGCUCGCCCGCAACCCCAUCACGAGCUCGAGCAGAUUCUCGAGCAAACACUCGCCCCAACAGCAUGAUCCAGACAUACAAUCCUCCCCAGAUGGAGGUUGCCAACGACACACCACCCGAGUUGGCCCCCAUCUUCAGCUUCCUCAACAGCCACUCCAACAAACUAUACCAGGAAGGCUACUUCCUUAAACUCCACGAUCUUGAUUCAAGAGGGAGACCAAGUCCGGACAGAGUAUGGAACGAAUGCUUUGCACAACUUGUUGGGACUGUGCUGUCUUUGUGGGAUGCCGCCGCACUCGACCAGGCCGGCGAGGAUGGUGAGGUCGUUCCAACCUUUAUCAACCUCAGCGAUGCCUCGAUAAAGAUGAUUGAGUCUCUUCCAAUGAACGGAGCACAAGGCGGGAAUCUUCAGAACGUUCUCAGCAUAUCGACUGCCGCCAACAACCGCUACCUCUUACAUUUCAACUCACUCAACUCUUUGACACAAUGGACCGCGGGCAUCAGACUCGCCAUGUUCGAGCACUCGACUUUGCAAGAGGCGUAUACAGGCUCGCUCUUAGCAGGCAAGGGCAAGUUCUUGAACAACAUCAAGCAAAUCAUGGACCGCUCCAGAUUUGCUCAUGAAGAUUGGGCUAGAGUACGAUUCGGAGCCGGGACACCUUGGAAGAGAUGCUGGUGUGUCAUUUCGCCGCCAGACGAGAAGGAGUAUCAGAAGGCCCAGAAGACACUCAAGAAGAAUUCUGCGUACGGCCGCGCGCAGGUGCCCAAGGGUGACAUCAAAUUCUACGAUACUCGCAAGAUCACAAAGAAGACGAAGCCGAUCGCUACCAUUACGGAUGCGUUUGCAGCGUAUGCCAUCUACCCGCAAUCAAAGCCUUUGAUCGACCAGUCCACACUGGUCAAGUUGGAAGGCUUGGUGACCAUCCACGGUGGACAGGAGACUACCACCGAAGGCUUCGUUUUCGUCAUGCCAGAAGUACACCCAGCUGUGUCUGGCUUUGAGAUGAUGUUGAGAUGGUUGUUCCCAGUGUUUGAUACGUUCGCACUCUAUGGGCGGCCAACACGAUUGAUCGCGGACACUCUGGACCAGAGAGGUUUGAUGUUUGCCAUGCCCCGUGAUAGACGUUACGGAUAUCUUGAUAUACUGGACGUAUCCGGCCUUAUUCAUACUGAAGGAAGCCAGAACUGGAGCGAGCGACAAUGGCGCAAGGAGAUGAAGAAGCUUACCUCGACGAGAAUGACCACUAUCAUGGAGGACUCGCCGCGCAGCAGUCGCCAGAUGGCCUACCGCCGUAACACGACCAGCCGUAAUUCCCUACCACCUGCGCCACGAGCUGGUGUCCAGUUUCAAGAGCCUAGCAUUCACUCUUCUCCCGGUUCGAGGUCUGGAUCACCUGCCGCCCGACCUGGUGCCGAGCCAAUUAUCAAGCGAACAGACAGCGCGCCUCCUGCUGCACUGCAUAUGAGCCCACACAAGCGAUCUGCUUCUGACGUCUAUGGCGGCCACCGCAAGCAUAUGGUCGAAACACCCUCGCGCUUGUCUUAUGAGCAGAGCAGAGAUGACGACGAUGAACCACCAGCACCACCCCGCCAUGGAGGUAUACUAGGUGCUGCUGUCGAUGCCGCCGCAUCGCCGCCACCGGAGCCUGUCUUGUCCCCGCCAGCUUUCCAGCACAGCCCUAAUGACCGCCCUACGGCGCACUUGAAUCAAGCACCCGAGUUGCGUAGGCAGCACUCAAAUGUUGAUCAGGCUACGUUGAAUGAGAUGCGGGACGCCGUCCGCCCAACAGAUGAGGACAUCGACUACCCACAAUCGCAGGCCCACCUGAUGCCGAACGGCGCAUUGCCAUAUCGUAAUCAGCAGUUCGCCUCGUCUGAGCCCAACCAGCAACGUCUCAGCACCAUCCCUGGCUCUCCGUACGGCAGCAACGACAGCGAAUACUUCCACGAGCAGGGACACAUGCCACAGAUGGACGGAUUGGUGGAAGGGACGGGACAAGCCCGCCCUGACCCGCCUCAGCAACUGCAUUCUAGUCAUAGUAUUCAAAGGAAACCCCUGCCGAGGCCACAGGAAGCAGGGCAAACUGCUUCACGUCAACAGGUGCGUUCUACAAUGGAGCCCGACUCACCUGUAUCAUCCACAGGAAGCUUAAUGGAUUUUGUUGACUCCGAUGCCAUAGAACGGAUAUUGAAUGAUGAGCGCGCCAGCACACUGGCUUCGAGCUCAUCUGCCACGCCCGACUAUGAGAGCGUUGAGAGCUCUGACCACGAAGUGAAGAAGAAGCCAAAAGAGUGGGUGCGACCGGGAAAGCUGAAAACUGUCGGCGAUCCUGAAAUGCACACGGGCGAGGUUCGUGCUGGGAAAUUGGAUACAUAUAACCAAGAUCUUGAAGAACAGACGGCGGAGAUUCCAACAGUGUCCUUUGGACCGACAUACUCUUACAAGCCAACCUCGCGGCCUGGCACCAGCGGUACGAUUACACCAGGAGAUCCGGAAGGCAGACGAUCUCGAUCUGCCGAUAAGUUGCGGCAGAGCUCGGGAUCAAGAUUGAGCGGUUUCUUUGGCGCAGCACCCAGUCCAGGCGAGAACAAUCGCAAUUCCUUUUUUGGAGGCAGAACAACACCUACAGGUAUCGAAGGCCCUGAACCACCGAGUCAUCGACACAGCGUUGCUUGGCCUGGAGCGUCCCCUAAUUCGCCAGGUCGGGCAUCGCCUGAGAUUACUAUGAGCAAGCGCAAGACUCUAUCGCCUGAAGAAUGGGUACAGCAUCGAGCGGAACUGGCGGCACAACCACAAGCACCUCAGCGAAGAUCAGUGGUGCCGCCUCACCUCGCACACCAGAGGCAUGCUUCUAUGAGUGCUGUCAACACUAUGAGACAGUCUAUGUCCAAGACUCCGCCUCCCUUCUCGCGAUCGCCAUCUGGAGAGCUGCUGCAAGACCAGAACAAAACACCGCCCAGCCGGCCCAACUCGAGAGGUGCUGGUGCAUACUUGAAUCGCAGUACCAGUGGUCUCGCCAGCAGUCAACAGUCUGCGACACUCUCUGCCAAAGAACAGAUGUACGUUGCAAGAGCUAGCGGUACCCCAUUGAUAAACAUGGCAUCCAAUCCAAAGGCGCAGGAACAAGCUUCGCCAGGUCUUAUUGGUGCAUUGCAGGCUCGAGAGCGAGAGAAGGCAGCUCUUACUCAAGGCAUGCGUAGCAAUGCAGUUCAACAAGCUAUCGCAGCAAGACAACAACAGCAGCUACAGAUGGAAGCUGAAGCACAGGCCCAGAUGCAAUACGAGAUGCAACAACGUGCCCAGCAACAAGCACACGCUCAGAUGCAGUAUGAUAUGCAGCAACGCGCUCAACAGCAAGCUCAAGCGCAGGCUUUGGCACAGGCUCAAUGGCAGCAGAUGCAGCAACAACAACAGUCGAUGCAUAUUCCUCAAACACAGCAAGCUCCUUCUCAGGCGGGUGGUUAUGGUGGCCAAUUUGUACAGCAGCAGGGCAUGUCGCAGCCUCAACCUCAGCAGCAACAGCAGCAGCAGAGUGGGCAGAGGUGGCAGCCGUUUGCGCGGAGGUGA